CCUGAGCGGCUCCCCGAGCGCACCCGCAAGCGCUCCGAGUUUUGUGCCGCCACCGUCGCGCCUCCGAACUGACUGAAUUUCCCCCGGGCCCCAGUGGCGGUUUCAGGGAACAGGGCGACAGCCAGGGCCUCGGGGGUGGCGCUGGUGCACUGAUGCCUGGUUUUUGUUUGGUCAUAACGCCGCUUGGCAAACAGUACGGGACUGCAGCCUGGACCUGCAAACCGCCGCUCCCGGAAGUCGCUGGACCGCGCUCUCGUAACAAUGUAGUUCCAGAACCAAUGUGGCGUCUUUUCCGGUCUUGUAUGGACUCGCGCAAUUGUUUGCCAAGUUGCCUUUGACCCCGGAAGUGAGCUCUCAAGGUCCCAGCCUCCCUCCCCUAAGAUGGCAGCAUCAGAAGAAGAGUUAGAGCUGCCGCGGCUACCCGAGCUGUUUGAAACCAGCCAGCAGCUCCUGGACCAAGUGGAAACAGCAACUGAACCCAGCGGUUCCCGGACGGUCCAGGACAAAGUGUUCAAGGGAUUAGAUCUCCUUGGGAAAGUUACCGAAAUGUUAACGCAGCUCGACUUGUUCAGCCAAAAUGAAGAGUUGGAAGAGAUUGCUUCCACCGAUCUGAAGUACUUGAUGGUGCCAGCAUUACAAGGAGCCCUCACGAUGAAACAAGUGAACCCCAGCAAGCGUCUAGAACAUUUGCAACGGGCCCGGCAGCAUUUUAUGAACUACUUAACUCAGUGCCAGAACUAUCAUGUGUCAGAGUUCCAGCUGCCCAAAAUCAGGGACAACUCAGCUGAAAAUAACACUGCUAAUUCCUCCAUGGCCUACCCUAACCUCGUUGCUAUGGCAUCUCAAAGACAGGCUAAAAUAGAGAGAUACAGGCAGAAGAAGGAGAUGGAGAAUAGGUUGUCGGCCCUGAAAUCUGCUGUGGAAAGUGGUCAAGCAGAUGAAGUUUGUGUUCGUGAAUAUUAUCUCCUUCACCUUCGGAGGUGGAUCGGUAUCAGCUUGGAAGAAAUUGAGAGCAUUGACCAGGAGAUAAAAAUCCUGAGCGAAAAAGACUCUUCAAAACAGGCAUCGACAUCCAAUGCAUCUCUUCGGGAGAGACCUCCAAUGAAACCCUUCGUUCUCACUCGGAAUGUAACCCAAGCCAAGGUGUUUGGAGCUGGUUACCCAAGUCUGGCAACCAUGACCGUGAACGACUGGUACGAACAGCAUCAGAAACAUGGAGAAUUACCAGAUCAAGGAAUAGCUAAGACCCCAGCUGACUUCAAAAGAGCAGCCCAACAGCAAGAAGACAAAGAGCAAAAGGAGGAGGAGGACGACGACGAGAACACACUUCGCAGAGCAAGGGAGUGGGAUGAUUGGAAGGACACUCAUCCAAGGGGCUAUGGCAACCGACAGAACAUGGGCUAGGCCUCUCCAAACCGGAUUGGCCUGCAGAACACACACCUUCCCCAUAAGAAAAAAACCACACAAAACCUUCCCCUCCCCUAGGUUCCUGCUUUAGCUGUGUAUGUACAACGAAAGCAAAGAUGGUAGAUCUUGCUUUGCGCUUAAUAAAGUGUUGAAUGAUG